AUGGCGGAACCGCCUCAGGAGGGGCCGGAAAGGGCGAGCGCCUUCGGGUGGCACCGGAAACAUCCGAGCGACUUCGGGAGGCGCCGGAAAGGCCCGAGUGGCUAUAAGACCUACCCGCCCAGUCCAUGGAAGCUCCAGGAUUUGAGCGCUUUGCUGUCCCCGGCCCUGCUGCAGCCACAGGUCACCGUGGUUGCCAUCCUGGGUGAGCUGCUGGACACCCUGAAUAGUCAGGACGAGAUGAUGCAGCCUUGGUCCCCAUGGUCCCUGUACUGGGACCUGGAGUUCUUCACCAGGGAGCUCCAGGUCACCCUGCACCGCAUUGAUAACCCCUGGUGGCCCCAAGAUGUCACCUCCGAUGAUGAUAGCCCUUUCAACGCCCUGAGGCAGACCCUGACCGCCUACAGGAGCACCCCAGGGACCACCUUGUUACCUGUGGGAUUGGCGGUUGGUGAGUGGCUGUGGUCGGUGUCUGCGCUUGUGAACAGCUGGGUCCGGCUGGCCAGGGCAGCCACCGAGCUCCACAACACCUGCAGGGAUUUGGCCACCAAGGCAGCUGACAGGGUGGCCACCGCCGCCGUCCAGGCCAGGGAGCUGCAGGACGAGGCUGCCCAUGAUGGGACAGCUCAGGAAAACAUGGUGGAGCUGGGUCAGGCCCUGGGCAGGGAGGAGGGGGCCGAGGUGGUGGCCGGGCAUGAAGCCCAGGUGAGCAGAGAGGCCAUGGUGGCUGCCAGCGAGGCAACAAGGGCCACCAUGGUGAGACAGCGGGUGGAGGCGGCCCUGGGGCUGCUGGAGCGCUUGGUGGCUGCGUGUGACGAAGCCACUGCGUUCCCCCGGGAGCUGCAGCGCCUGCUCAGGGACACCAAGGCUGCCCUGAAGGGGAUAAAUGAGGCAUCCCUCAACAUCCUCAAGGGCUUGGUGGCCAAGGUGGCUGAGGCUGAGCGGCUGUGGGAGGCCAACGCCCGCCUGGCCAAGGAUCACCUUCUGGGGGCAGUUGACGACAUCAUCAAGUUCUAUUUCACCGGUGGUUGCGCCAGCCCCAGUGCCUGUGGGGUGGCCGAGCGGUGCCAAAGAGCUAUCGAGGACAUCCCAAGGCUCCUUCAACCCCCAGACCAUCCCCAGAGUGUUCCCAAUGUAUCCCCAGUGACCAUGGAGCCCCAAGAGGUGUCCCCUCCACAGCUUCAGGUGCUGGUGGCCGUGGUGGCCACCCUGGGCGAGCUGCUGGCCACCAUGACUGGGCCACAAAGCGACAAGUCCCCAAACUCCUUAGAUGAGGACCUGAAGAACUUCACCCGGAGCCUUCGUGCAAUCCUGAACCAUGGCGGUGUCACCUCCCUGGGCCACCCUGGUGUCGCCUCCCUGGGCCAGGCCCUGGCCACCCUCGGGGCCACCCCUGGGACCACCUGGGCCAAUGUGAGAGCUGUGGCCAAGGCCUGGCAGGAGUUGGUGGCCAGGCUCGUGGAUAGCUGGGACUGGCUGGCCAGGGAGGCCACCAAGCUCCGUGACAACCACAGGAAGGUAAUUGCGAACCAGCAGCUGAUGGUGGCCCUGGACAAGGAGGAAGUGGCCAGGGAAAUGGCCACAUACGAUGCCCAGGUGGCGGCAGCCACCAGUGAGGGAAUGGGAGAGGCUGUGGCGGCCACCAGGAGGGGACGUUGGGCAGUGGUGGCCCUGGGGCUGCUGCAGCGCUUGGUGGCCACGUGUGACAGAGCCACCUUGUUCUACUGGAACAUGGAGUGGCGGCUCAGGGACAUCAAGGCCAUCCUGAAGGGGACAAACAAGGUGUCCCCUGAUGUCCUCCAGGCCUUGGUAGCCAAAGUGGCCAAGUUUGAGUGGCUGUGGGAGGCCAGCACCCGUCUGGCCAAGGAUCACCUGCUUGGGACACUUGGGGUCAUCAACAACAUCCUCUUGAGUCCCUAUGAUGGUUGUGGUGGCCCCGGUGGCCCUGGCAGCUGCACAGUGGCCAAGCAGUGCCAAAAAGCCAUCGAGGACAUCCCGAGGCUGCUGCAGGAAAGUUUCACAUGGGAGCACUGACAUCAUCAGGGACAUUGCUGCUGUCACCUGUGCCCUCCCUGUGCAGUAUUUGAGGCAGAUUUGGGGAAUUUUCUGGGAAUUUUCAAUGAUACUGUCCCAAAUCCUGAUGGGAAUUCCUGGGGUGAUGUCACUGGGGACACUCUGGGGACACUCAGGGACACUCUGGGACAGGGGACAGGGGUGAAUGGGCCCCCUCAAGAGCUUCCAGCUUUCCACUUUGCCUGCAGCCCAGCUGGGUCAUAAAUGCCAAUUAAAUAAUUGCCUUUUGCACUUUUGUAUUGCCUUUUACGCAUUGUUAUUGAUCACCACCAAUUUGAUACCAUGUUUGAUACCGAUAUUGAUUAUUGAUGAUUCAUUGUAGCUGCUGGUUGGUGCAAUAUAAUCUCUUAGUUCAUGUGUGCACCAUACACCUAUGAAUGAAUGAAUGAAUGAAUGAAUGAAUGAAUGAAUGAAUGAAUGCCUUCUGUAUGAAUCACACCGGGCUGAUCUGAAGUCUGUGUCAGACACAUCACUUGACCAUUGUCACUGCCAUAUUUUCUGAAAAAAUUCUCUUUGCCCAGGAUUCUUCUCCUGGGAAGCCGAGAAGCCUCAGAGAAAAAAAUAAAAUAAUUAUCUGAUUUGCUUCUCCUGUGUUUUGUUGCUUUGGAAUGUGGUUGGAGAUUGUGUAUGCAAUACGUGAAUUGUUUUUACUUAAUGACCAAUCGCCAUCCAACUCUGUCGGGACUCUGGAAGGAGUCACAAGUUUUUAUUAUUCAUUCUUGUUAAGCCUUCUCUCUGUAUCCUUUCUCUGUUCUUUAGCAGAGUUUUAGUAU